AUGGCCCGUAGUGGAGUUGCUGCCUUGAGUAUUGCCAUUUUAUUAACGGCAUUCGAAUUCGGAUCUUGUCUGCGCUGUUUCCAAUGCAACUCCCAGUCAGACCCGACCUGCAAGGAUCCGUUUGCUGGCAAGACUAGAGUGGACUGCUCUACCCAGGACUCCGUGAACUACAAUCGUGCCUACCUUCGCGGUGUAUUGCCCAAUGAACUAGUUGACGCCGUUGCUGGAGCGCCCAGAUAUUGCCACAAGAUUGUUAUGCAAAAUGGUGCCACGAUCCGUACCUGUUUGGACGCAAACCCAACCGACCUAAACCAAACAUGCCGUCUACUGGACAAUACUGCGAAAAUGUUCCCCAUGGAUCCUGCUAAGCAAAUCAAGCAUUGCAGCGUUUGUGACAAAGACGACUGUAACGGGGCCAGCUCCAUUAUUGCCUCUUUCCCAUUGGCUGCUUUAGCUCUCGUUGCUUCAUAUUUGUUCUACAAGCAAUAA